AUGGCCGGCCAGAUGGCUUUGUCCGUCUCGCCCGGACAGCCGACUCAUGAGGUGAGGAACCAGGUCCCAGCCCUCUACGGGAACGCCUUCGAAGAUCCAGCGCUGCGCCAGCUCCUGGCGCACUUCGGCGCAACGUGGCAUGAGGACUUGCGAGAGCUGGGGCAGCUGGUGGGCAGCGAGGAGUGGCAGCUGAAGGCCGCGGAGGCGAAUCGCCAAGUCCCGCGCCUCGAGGCCUUCGACCCUCGGGGCUUCCGUCAGGACGCGGCGGUGUUCCACCCCAGCUACCACGAGCUCAUGGCAUUGGGCCUGCGCUCAGGCUGCAGCGCUUUCGCCUGGCGACACGAGAACGCCAGGCCAGGAGCUCAUGUGAUCCGCGGCGCUCUGAUGUAUCUCAUGUACCAGCUGGACCAAGGGGUGUGCUGCCCCUUGGUAAUGACCUUCGCGGCGGUGCCAGCGCUGCGUGCGGCGAACGCAGAGGGCGGGGAGUUUGGCGGCUUUGUGCAGGACUUUGCCCGGAAGCUGGUCUCCGGGGAGUACUGCAGCAAGGACCUGCCCUUGUCGCAGAAGACCGGGGCCACCUGCGGCAUGUCCAUGACAGAGAAGCAGGGGGGCUCCGAUGUGCGGGCCAACGACACCCGCGCCACCCCAGUGAGUGCUGAGCGCCCGGUGCCGGGCGAUGCCUUCUGGCUGACGGGCCACAAAUGGUUCACCUCCGCGCCCAUGAGCGACGCCUUCCUGACGUUGGCGCAGACCCAGGAGGGUCUCUCCUGCUUCCUGGUGCCUCGAUGGCUGCCCGACGGGCGCCGCAACGCAGGUUUCAACGUCCAGCGCUUGAAGGAGAAGCUGGGGGACAAGUCCAACGCCUCCAGUGAGGUUGAGUACCGCAACGCCUGGGGCGUGUUGCUGGGACCCUUGGGCCGCGGCGUGCGCACCAUCGUGGAGAUGGUGGUCCACACCCGCCUGGACUGCGUCAUCGGCAGCUGCGCCCUGAUGCGGCGGAGCGCGCAGCUGGCGUGCCACCACGCCACGCACCGCUGGGCCUUCGGAAAGCCCUUGGUGAAGCAGCCGCUGAUGCGCCAGGUGCUGGCGGAUUUGGCGCUGGAGUCAGAGGCAGCCCUGGCCAUGUGGAUGCGCUUGGCGAGAGCGCUCGAGUCGGAGUCAGAAGCUGCCUUUGCACGGAUUGCCACGGCCAUCAGCAAGUACUACGUGUGCCGCCGCGCGGUGCCGGUGGCCUACGAGGCCAUGGAGUGCCACGGCGGCAACGGCUACGCGGAGGGGCCCAUGGCGCGGCUCUUCCGCCAGAGCCCGCUGAACGCCAUUUGGGAAGGUUCGGGCAAUGUGAUUUGCCUCGACAUCCUUCGAGCGCUACGCCGGGAGCCGGAGAGCGCGGAGGCCCUGCUGCGUGAGCUGAGCUCCGCGGAGACGAAGGCAGCGAGCGCGUUGUUUGCGGCGAACGGCUACGGGGAGACGCUGCGGGCGGUGAAGCAGCGGUUGGCCAUGGAGCCUGAGGCCUUGGAGCCCUAUGCGCGCGAGGUGGCGGACCAGCUGGCGGUGGCGCUGCAGGCCGCCACUUUGCUCAGCUUCGGCGACCCCAAGACCGCCGCGGCCUUCCUGGCGGCGCGCCUGCCCUCCGCGGCGGCGGCGAGGGGGGCGGUGGCCAGCCACUCCAUGGGCGCCACGAUGGCGAGGCUGCCAGAGGAGUUGGUGGAGCACUUGAUCCAGCGCCUUAGCCUGGAUCCGGACCUUAGUCGCCUUUGA